GGAAGGAAAAGCUGAUGCGGUGUUCUCAAUGCCGAGUCGCCAAAUACUGCAGCGCCAAGUGCCAGAAAAAAGCUUGGCAGGACCACAAGCGGGAAUGCAAAUGCCUUAAAGACUGCAAACCCAGAUACCCACCAGACUCUGUCCGACUUCUUGGCAGAGUUGUUUUCAAACUUAUGGAAGAAACACCCUCCGAGUCGGAGACACUUUACUCAUUUUAUGAUCUGGAGUCAAAUAUUAACAAACUGACUGAAGAUAAGAAAGAAGGCCUCAGGCAGCUGGCAAUAACAUUUCAACAUUUCAUGAGAGAAGAAAUCCAGGAUGCUUCUCAACUGCCGUCCACCUUUGACAUUUUUGAAGCCUUUGCUAAAGUGAUCUGCAAUUCUUUCACUAUCUGCAAUGCAGAAAUGCAGGAAGUCGGCGUUGGCCUCUACCCGAGCAUGUCUUUGCUCAAUCACAGCUGUGACCCCAACUGUUCAGUUGUGUUCAAUGGCCCCCACCUCCUACUGCGAGCCGUACGAGACAUCGAGGCAGGAGACGAGCUCACCAUCUGCUACCUGGAUAUGCUCAUGACCAGUGUGGAGCGCCGGAAGCAGCUGAGGGACCAAUACUGUUUUGAAUGUGACUGUUUCCGUUGCCAAACUCAGGACAAGGAUGCUGACAUGCUAACUGGUGAUGAGCAAGUAUGGAAAGAAGUUCAAGAAUCCCUGAAAAAAAUUGAAGAACUGAAGGCACAUUGGCAGUGGGAGCAGGUUCUGGCCAUGUGCCAGGCCAUCCUAAGCAGCAACUCUGAGAGGCUUCCUGAUAUCAACAUUUACCAGCUGAAGGUGCUCGACUGUGCCAUGGACGCCUGCAUCCACCUCGGACUGCUGGAGGAGGCCUUGUUCUAUGGCCUCCGGACCAUGGAGCCAUACAGGAUCUUCUACCCAGGAAGCCACCCCGUCAGAGGGGUGCAGGUCAUGAAGGUCGGCAAGCUGCAGUUGCACCAGGGCAUGUUUCCUCAGGCCAUGAAGAAUCUGAGACUGGCUUUUGAUAUUAUGAGAGUGACGCAUGGCAGAGAGCACAGCCUGAUUGAAGACCUGAUUCUACUUUUAGAAGAAUGUGACGCCAACAUCAGAGCAUCCUGAGAGAACCCAGACCUUUCUCAACUGCCUUAUCCAGGUCACACACUGUAUGCUUUGUGUGCUCUGCUGUGUGAAACCCCCUUUUGGAAAUGCUAUUCUGUUUGUACAGGUAGUAAAGACAGACAUAUGGUUUGCAAACCCUAAGAAUCUUCAGUUGUAGAGAAACACGACUGUAAUAAACAUGGAAAUUUGUUCGAAAAUGCCA